CGACUUGGGCAGAAGGGAGGGAUCAUCCCACUACCCUCUUGUGUUUGAGUUUUAAGAAGUCAACAACAAGCAGAACUGAAAUUCCAAAAUCGCUGAUAUGACGAAAAAGGGACAAACUGUUCUCAAGGUUCUAGUCACAAUGGACCUUCAUUCAUCUUAAAAGGAAUUUUGCAGGUGCUUGUGGGACAUCAUAAGGGGUUCGGAAAUGUAUCCAAAUCAUACUGGUGACAUUGUCCACCUUAAUGUUGGAGGGACAAGAUUCUCAACAUCUCGUCAAACACUUAGCUGGAUUCCAGAUUCCUUUUUCACUGCACUCUUAAGUGGACGAAUAUCCAGCUUGCGUGAUGAAACUGGUGCAAUAUUUAUUGAUAGAGAUCCAAAGGUUUUUGCCCUAAUCUUAAACUAUUUACGUACAAGGGAUAUUGAGCUUAAAAGUGUUGAUAUACGUGCUCUCCGACAUGAGGCAGAGUAUUAUGGAAUCGCACCUUUAGUUAAAAGACUUGUGCUAUGUCAGGAUUUAAUACAGUCUUCUUGUGGAGAUGUUCUUUUUUAUGGUUACCUUCCUCCUCCUUGUGUACCACUCCAAGAGCAAAACUGUUCUCACUCUCUUGCUAGUGAAAGAGAAAAUGCUGUUUUAAGCGGUCCUUCAUCAUCAAUUAGACCAGGAUCUAUUGUUAGGGUGCCAGAGCAAGCUAAUCCUCCUCCUGCAGCUAUACCUGCUCCCCCAGCAAGUGCAGUACCAUCAACUUCGUCUUCUUCCGGACAUCAGCCUCUCAGCAACUUACCACAAAAUGCUUCACUGCCAACAACAUCAAUUGCCGUGUCGGUUCCUUCCACCAGCACAUCAGGAAGUGGAAAUACUGCUUUGUCUGGAACAAACUCCAGUGCAAACUUGAGUAAUACUGCUGGCUCCGGAGGCAGCACAAAUGGAAACUCUCAUGUCAAUCCAUUACCAGGAUCAGUAGCUAGUUCAAAUAAUCACCCUAUUCAUAGUUCUGUGAUGCCGCCUCCAACUGGAUUAAUUAACAUUCCAGGGUAUUCAUGUAUUCCGGGGCCACAUCCUCACACUCACUCUACAUCACGUACUAAUUCAGCAGUUGCUUCUGCCCAUUCUCGAAAUCCUUCAUUGGACUUAAGAGUCUCCUCAAACAGCUGUGCUGGACCAAGUAAUGGCACAGCCCCAUUAGGGUCACGCUCCUCUAAUGACAUCCGCAACAUGGCAGCUAGAGCAGCUGCGACCUGUGCUGUGAAUGGACAUUCAAGGGCUGCUUCACUUGACCUCAGGCACUCAAGAAAUUCAUCAGCUGAUCUCAACAAAUUGCUGAGGAAUGAUGUUGCUCUAGUUUUUGGAAAUCACCACCAAGGCUCAAGCUGGGCAGACCCACUUCGAGUGCAAAUCAUCAAGGCUCACCAUAAUUGGAUAGUAGUGGCUUAUGCCCAUUUUGUUGCAUGUUACAGACUAAAAGACUCAAGUAGUUGGCAACAUGUUUUCACUAGUCCCCACAUUGAAAGCUGUAUUGAACGUAUAGCAAUCAAUGCAAAGCUAGGCCAAGGUGGUGGUGGUAAUGGGGAAGCCAAUUGCAAAAUGGUUGCCAUUUCCUAUGGAAGUCAAGUACGUUUGUGGGGUGUAUCAGAGUGUGGAGCCCGUACUAAUAUUGGAACUUUCAAUCUUCAUGUUCGUGUGGAAUAUCUAUUCUUCAUUGGUAGCCAACUUGUUGCACUGUCUCCAACUGGAAAGAUAGGAGUUUGGCAUGCCAUGACCCAGCAUUGGCAGAUCCAAGAUGUUGUGCCGAUAUCUUCCUUUGACACAGCUGGUUCAUUCCUCCUCCUUGGAUGCAAUAACGGCUCCAUUUAUUACAUUGACAUGCAGAAGUUUCCUCUUCGUAUGAAAGACAAUGAUUUAUUGGUCACUGAGCUCUACAAGGACCCUGGAAAUGAUCCUAUUACUGCUAUUUCUGUUUACCUCACCCCAAAGACCAGUUUGUGUGGUAAUUGGAUUGAAAUAGCUUAUGGAACAAGUGCUGGAACUGUGAGGGUCAUUGUCCAGCAUCCUGAGACGGCAGGACAUGGUCCUCAACUGUUUCAAACAUUUACUGUGCAUCAGAGUCCUGUCACCAAGGUGAUGCUCUCUGAAAAGUUUCUGGUGUCAGUAUGUAGUGAGUACAACCAUGUGCGCACAUGGAGUGUUACUCGAUUCAGAGGAAUGAUCUCAACACAGCCUGGCUCAACUCCUGUUGCUUCUUUCAAAAUAGUGUCUUUGGAAGAGGUCGAGCCAUAUGUUAGUUACACAGCUGGCAACGAUUGUGGUCCUUUUGGAGAACAAGAUGAUGUUCAGGUCUUCAUACAAAAGGUUGUUCCCGAUACACCAGAGCUUUUUGUGCGUCUUGCUUCAAAUGGAAAAAGAGUGUGUGUCAUUAGAUCUGUAGAUGGAACAACAAUUACAUCAUUCUGUGUUCAUGAAUGUGAGGGUUCAAGUCGCAUGGGUUCCCGCCCACGACGUUUUAUCUUUACUGGCCACAGCAAUGGUGCAAUACAAAUGUGGGACUUGACCACUGCCCUUGAUCUGGCUGCAAAAGAUGCACCAGCUAUGCAAAUUUUUGGUGGACCUACUCCUGAAGAACUGCUCAAACUCCUAGACCAAUGUGACUUAAGUAAUAGUCAUAGUUCCACACCAUGCAUAUCACCAUGCCCUUCGCUGAUAGGACACCCAGCUGCAAGAUUGAAGGCAUCAAAUGUGGCUUUCUUGAACCAACAGCAGCAACAAGCUGAAGCUCUUGAGGCACAUACUCGAGACAAAGAUCGCUCAGAUAGAGUAGCACCAGCUGGUGCUGAGAAUGUUAGCAAAGUUAAUCAGCCAUCCAGUACUGGACCUCCUCCACCUUCUUUGUGAACAACUUAUUCUCUAGCUCUAUUCAUAAUUUGGGUUGAAGACAGUUUUACAUUACAAUGCAGAGAUAUUACUUUAGAUUGAUUUUUCAUUUGGUUAGAGUCUACACAAUAACAGUAUUUCUUCAAAGCCUCUAUAAUGUGUUAAUUUCCUGUUUGUUAUGAAUUUGAAUGUGUUUUAUGGUUUUCUUUAUGUUUUAGACUUAUGAAGUUUGUCUUUUCAAGAAUCUUUUUUAUAUUAAACAUUCCCAUCAAUUUUUGCUCAUACUCACAGCUUUGAUUGCAUCUCAUGUGUGUAAUUGUUAGUGCUUUUUAAGAUGCAGCGUAAAAAUGAAUUUGAUUGCAACUAUAGUUCUGUAUUUAAAUGAUAUAUACAGUAUUUCUUUGUCUUUACUUUUAUGUUGAUUUAAUGAAGUAUGUAUGUAGCUGGUACUUACUUCUGAAUGUUUAUGCAAAUGUUUUCUGUACUGUUGUACAUUAUUUUGGCACCCCUUUAAUAUUUAUUGGAGUAAAUGAAUUUAAUUUAUUAUGUUAUUAUCCCUAGAAAAUAACCAUGGUUAUUUGUGUUGAAUUUGUCCAGGAAGAAAUGAUUCUUUAUUGAUAAAAAAUAUUGAUUGAUUAUGUCUUAAAAAUUGGCACAGUAUUACCAAUUUAUUUACUGUAUACAUACAGUAAAUAUGUAUUAUUAUUAUUAUUAUGGUCCAAUAUGUUGUGUUUGAUGUAUGUAGCCAUCAGUAUUAGCUAUAAUAAAAUCUCAGAUUUUAUGAA